GUGUCGAAACCUGGAAUCCUAUCAACGGCAACCUAAAUAUAACAUCCAAAUCCCUUGUCUGGGAGUUAAGACUUAUUUCACUCCAGAUACUUAGGAAUGGCUGCGAAUACGAAAGGGGCUGAGGGUUCGGCGACGAGCAAUCGCAGGUUGCGGAAGGCAGCGCUUUGGCAGGAACUUGUCAUCAGCGGUAUCAGCGUAGGGGGCGCGACAACAUGCACAAAUCCGCUGGACGUCAUCAAGACACGCUUGCAGCUGUACACUCGCAAAAUGCCUGGGGCUACGAAACCGGGCCUGGUUCGAACCGGCAUCAACAUCGUUCGCGAUGAGGGCGUACUGAGCCUUUGGAACGGCCUGCCACCCGCCAUCGCUCGAGGCUUCCUGUACGGAGGCAUGCGACUGGGGCUGUACGGCCCCAUCAAAGAAGCCCUCGUAGGCCUUGCGGCUGGGGAGUCCCAAGCAUCCGCAUCCCUCAGCAGCAGCAGCAGUACGGCAACCGCAACCUCGCUAGCAGCUGCUACAACAGCAACCACAACAGCAGCAGCAGCUAGAUCCGCAACCCCAGCAGCUCCCCAGGGUUUCGCGGGCUUCGCGCUGAAGGCUGCUGCGGGCACCCUCAGUGGCGCCAUUGCAGCCGGCCUUACCAGCCCCACAGAGCUCGUGAAGACACGGCUGCAGGCCAAGGGGAACCAGGCGCAGAGCACGCUGGGGGUGGUACGACAGGUGGUCCAAGAGUCGGGCGUGGCGGGGCUGUGGCGCGGCGCCGUACCCAGCAUGGCCCGAGCGGCGCUGCUCACCUCCUCCCAAGUAGCCACCUACGACAGCGUGAAGCACGAGAUCAUGCACGCCACCGGCUGGGGCGACUGCGCCGGUACCCACCUGGCGGCCAGCAGCUUCACCGGGCUCGUCACAACCACCGUAACCAACCCAGCUGACGUCAUCAAAACCAACAUGUUUGUGUCGGGCGGCGGCGUGCGGAAGGGAAUCUCGCAAACCGCGGCUGACAUUUUCCGUGCUGACGGCGUCGCGGGCUUCUUCAAGGGCUGGACCGCCAACUACGCUCGGCUUGGGCCGCAGACCGUGAUCACGUUCCUCAUCUCGGAAGCGUUGCGUAGUGCGCUAGGACUGGAGGGCUUGUAGCAGGGCCAGCAUUGUUGCCAUGAGAAAGGGCGGAAUGACCCCUGGGUCGUUUGGGGUAUUUCAUUGAGACUCCGAAAGUGAACACGCCUGGUGCUGCAUGUGAUUACGGUCUGAGCUGCAUGACUAAAGUGAACAUACGUA